AUGUCAGAAAUUUUGGAUAUCUAUCAAUCCCCCUCAAUAGACCAAAGCGUAGAUAGAGAAGAGGAACGUACUUAUUAUCCUUACGUGCAAUCGUUUAAUAACAGUGAUGAGAUACAAAUUGACAUUCAUCAACCUGAUGCAUUUAUUUGCAUGAGUGAUUCGAAACUUCGAAUUAUUGGCGAACUAAAAGAAGAAGCAACUACUACAGUACCUGUUGCUAUAGAAAGUGAAAAAACAGAAACCCCUGUUGCGGGAGAACGUAAAUUAACAAAUAAUGCAGGUCUUUACCUGUUUGAAUCCAUAAUUUACUCUUUUAAUGGCAAAGAAGUUGAAAAAAUAAGAGAUCCUGGUACUACAACAACCAUUCAUAAUUAUUGUGCUUAUUUAGCAAAUCAGUCUAAGAAUCUUAUACAAGCCGGUUGGAAUCCAAAUGCAACAGGCCAUACAAUACUUACCCAAGACGAAAAAACCAAGAAAUUUGAAAUAUGGGUGCCAUUUAGUUAUAUUUUUGGUAUAUUCUUUUACUAUAGAAACGUUAUGUUUGGACAUCAUUCUAUACGACUUGUACGCAGUCGCAAUGAUGAUAACGCGUAUAUGGUCACUGGAAGUGCAAAGAAAGCAACCAUAAAAGUGCAUAGCGUGUCGAUACAAGCAAAGCACAUUUAUCCCAGCGACAAAGCGAAAAUAACGCUAUGGCCGAAAAUUCAACCCGAUAAACCUAUAACUAUAGGUUACAGAAAAAGUGAACUUCAUGUAUUAGCUUAG